GAAGAAGUUCAGUGGUUAGGGACCUUCAAAAGGGUCACCAUGUACUAGAAACUCCUACCCCUUUCAAGGCUCUUACCAAAGUUUGUGGGUGAUGAAAUCCUCGUAGACAAAGGCCAAGAGAAGCUAGUAGAGCUGAAAAGGGUUCAAGAAAAUGGUGGGGACUCCUAUUAAUGGAAGAGCAAGGCCAGCUUUUGCAGUUGUAAAUGGUGGAAAUGAUCAACAACAUGGCCCUAGUAGUGAUCCACCUAGCAAUGCUGGGUCAGAUUAUGGUGUUAUAGAGUUCACUAGAGAGGAUGUUGAAGCCUUGCUAAAUGAAAAGUCCAAAAGGAAAGACAGAUUCAAUUAUAAGGAAAGAUGUGAAAAUAUGGCAGAUUAUAUAAAGAGGCUUAAGGUUUGCAUAAGAUGGUUCCAAGACCUUGAGAUAAGCUACUCAUUAGAGCAAGAAAAAUUGAAGAGUUCAUUGGAAUUAGCCCAGCAAAAAUGCAUGGAGAUAGAGUUGCUGCUUAAAAUCAAGGAAGAAGAACUGAAUUCAAUUAUUGUGGAAAUGAGAAGGAAUUGCACUUCUUUGCAAGAGAAGUUAAUAAAGGAAGAAACAGAAAGAUCAGCGGCAACGGAAUCUCUUGUUCAAGAGAAAGAGGCUCGGAUUAACCUUGAGAGGUCUCAGACUGCACUAACAGAAGACCUCAGCAGAGCUCAGCGAGAGCUCGAAAGCUCAAAUCAGAAGAUAUCAUCACUCAAUGAGAUGUAUAAGCGGUUACAAGAUUACAUAACAAGCUUACAGCAGUACAAUGGAAAGCUUCACUCAGAGCUUUCUACAGCUGAAGAAGAACUUAAGCGUGUAGAGAAAGAGAAGGCUACUGUAGUGGAGAGCCUCACAAUGUUAAAGGGCCAACUUACUUUGUCUAUGUCUUCUCAAGAAGAGACUACAAAACAGAAGGAUGCUUUGACUAUUGAAGUUACAACUCUUCGAGGAGAAUUGCAACAGGUAAGAGAUGAUCGUGACCGCCAGUUAUCUCAAGUGCAAACUUUGACUACUGAAUUAGCAAAAUUCAAAGAUUCUUCAGAGAAGUCAGGCUCUGAACUGGGGAACUUGACUAUAAAAGCAAGCGAACUGGAGGUGAAAUGUACCUUGCAAGAUAGCAAGAUAAAGGCAUUACAAGAGCAGCUAGAAACUGCAGAGAAGAAACUGCAGGUUUCUGAUAUAUCUGCAAUUGAGACAAGAAUAGAAUUUGAAGGCCAACAAAAACUUGUAAAUGAGUUACAAAGACGCUUGGCCGAUGCAGAAUAUAAAGUUAUAGAAGGGGAGAAGCUGCGGAAAUCAUUACACAAUACUAUUUUGGAACUUAAAGGGAAUAUCCGCGUCUUCUGUAGAGUUCGUCCUUUGUUACCGGAUGAAGGUUGUAGCACAGAAGGAAAGAUUAUAUCUUAUCCCACAUCCAUGGAAGCUGCCGGUCGAGGCAUUGAACUUACUCAAAGUGGCCAAAAGCAUUCUUUUACAUUCGAUAAAGUUUUCGCACCUGAUGCAUCACAAGAGGAAGUUUUUAUUGAAAUUUCGCAGCUGGUGCAAAGUGCUCUUGAUGGUUAUAAGGUUUGCAUUUUUGCCUAUGGUCAAACCGGGUCGGGAAAAACCUAUACAAUGAUGGGCAGGCCUGGACAGCCUGAGGAAAAGGGCUUGAUACCUCGCUCGCUAGAACAAAUUUUCCAAACAAGACAGGCUCUGCAAGCCCAAGGCUGGAAAUAUGAACUUCAGGUAUCAAUGUUGGAAAUAUACAAUGAAACGAUUCGCGAUCUGUUAUCUACAAACAAGUCAUCGGAUGCAGCUCGAGUAGAAAAUGGUACUCCUGGAAGUGGAAAGCAAUAUGCAAUCAAACAUGAUGCAAACAAAAACACACAUGUCUCUGAUCUUACAGUGGUGGAUGUUCAAAGUGUAAAAGAGGUUGCUUUUCUUUUGAACCAAGCUGCAAAUAGCAGAUCUGUGGGGAAAACACAGAUGAAUGAACAAUCUUCAAGGAGUCAUUUUGUGUUCACGCUUCGAAUAUACGGUGUUAACGAGAGCACUGACCAACAAGUACAAGGAAUCCUGAAUCUUAUUGAUCUUGCCGGGAGCGAGCGUCUUUCAAAGAGUGGAUCGACCGGCGACCGGUUGAAAGAAACUCAAGCAAUCAAUAAGAGUCUAUCAUCAUUAAGUGAUGUUAUAUUUGCCUUGGCCAAGAAGGAUGACCAUAUUCCAUUCAGGAACUCAAAGCUUACAUAUCUACUUCAGCCAUGUCUAGGUGGAGACUCAAAGACAUUGAUGUUUGUGAACAUAUCUCCAGACCAGAGUUCAACGGGGGAGUCGCUAUGCUCACUACGGUUUGCUUCAAGAGUCAACGCUUGUGAAAUUGGUACACCUCGCCGACACAUCAAUGGAAGAACCUUUGACUCACGCUUGACCUAUUGCUAAUCGUCUUAUAUAUAUUAUAUACUUAGGAUUAAUCCCAAUACCAUAACCUAUGUAACUUCUUUCUACCCAUCAAAUUGCUAAAUCUAUGUAAUACCAAUAAUAAACCAAAAUAACUUUGAUUCUAACAUCUCCAUAUAUAUAUAUAGUUUGUAUAAAAAUCAAAA